AUGUCUGAUUCUGUAAAAAUAAACCAGGACAUCAAUCAGACGACCAAAAAAAUCCUGGAUCUCACCCUGGACAUAAUUUACCUGCUGACAGGAGAGGAUUGUAUUGUUGUGACGAUAAAUGGAGAACAAGUCACGCACAGCAACAAUCCCCAUAUAUCAGAUGAAUCACAGAUACAAAACCUCAGACAUUUGUCACCACCACAUUUAUUGAUACAAAAGAAAAACAAUGACAAGAAGAUCCUAGAACUGACCAAUCAGAUCAUCCAGCUGCUGACUGGAGAGGAGUGGGAGUAUUUAGAAGGACACAAGGAUCUCUACAAGGACGUGAUAAAGGAGAAUCACCAGAUCCUCAGCUCACUGGAUGGGUAUGUGAACAGAUAUAUAGCAAAUGGAUAUCCUAAUCCUAUUUCUGCAGCAAACUGUCUAAAUAAAGAAGAAAGUAAUGUGAACAACAAACAAGAACAUCACAAAAUAAAUGAUCGGUGGAAGACUCCAUAUAAAUCUGUUAAACGUGGAACAGAGGAACCCAUUCUUACUGAAGGAAAUCUCACAGAUGUGAACAUUGUUACAGCUGUAGCACACACACAGACAGAUUGCCCACAUGCUCAUAUUAAGGAGGAGCCUGUCUUAUCUGAAGAAGAACAUCCCCGAGGCCCUCACAUUGAUAAGCAAACAGAUCAUACACAGAUAGACUAUCCAUCAAAACCAGUGAUGGUGGGCUCGGCCUCAAUGGAAGAACUAAAUCCUACAGACACUGACAUUUAUACACGCAACAAGCAUAUUCCAAAACAGUAUGGAUCUACUCAUAUUAAGGAGGAACCUGUCUUAUCUGAAGAAGAACAUCUCCGAGGCCCUCACAUUGAUAAGCAAACAGAUCAUACACAGAUAGACUAUCCAUCAAAACCAGUGGUGGUGGGCUCAGCCUCAAUGGAAGAACUAAAUCCUACAGACACUGACAUUUAUACACGCACAGAGCAUAUUCCAAAACAGUAUGGAUCUACUCAUAUUAAGGAGGAACCUGUCUUAUCUGAAGAAGAACAUCUCCGAGGCCCUCACAUUGAUAAGCAAACAGAUCAUACACAGAUAGACUAUCCAUCAAAACCAGUGGUGGUGGGCUCGGCCUCAAUGGAAGAACUAAAUCCUACAGACACUGACAUUUAUACACGCAACGAUCAUAUUCCAAAACAGUAUGGAUCUACUCAUAUUAAGGAGAAAUCCAACUCGUGUGAAGAAGAAACUCUCACUGACAUUUAUACACCUACAGAACAUACACAGACAGAAUAUCCUUCUACUUGUAUUAAGGAGGAACCAGCCUCGUGGGAAGCAGGACCUCUCACUGGCCCCAACGUUUAUACAAAGUAUAAACUGACAGACCAUACAUCGAUUCUUAUUGAAGAAUCAGCCUUGUAUGAAAAAGAAACUCUAAAUCGUCCUAUUUAUAACUUGGCAGGAUAUGUACAAGCAGAAGAUACUUCCAUCCACUUGUCUGCUGAUAACGUACUUUAUAAUAAAUAUUGCAAGUUGCCUGAAUCACAUUGUGAUUUCAAUAAAAUUCUAUUCUCUUUCACGGCAUUUUGUUCAGAAUGUGGAAUAUGUUUUACAGAUGAAUCAAAUUUUAUAUCACAUCAAAGGAUUCACACAGGAGAAAAGGUAUUUUGCUGCUCGCUUUGUGGCCGGUGUUUUACUCACAAGUCAGCACUUAAUAGACAUCAGAGGAUUCACACAGGAGAGAAACCAUUUUCUUGUUCUCAGUGUGGGAAAUGUUUCAGUCGGAUGACGGGCCUUAACAGACAUCAGACGAUUCACACAGGGGAGAGAAGGUUUUCUUGUUUCCUAUGUGGGAAGUGUUUUAGUGAUAAGACAGAUCUUAGUCGACAUCACAGGAUUCACUCGGGAGAGAAACGAUUUUCCUGUUCCGAAUGUGGGAAACGUUUUUGUUUCAAGUCCGAUCUUAAAAGACAUAUGAAGAUUCACAUAGGAGGAAAGUCAUUUUCUUGA